AUGGAACAAGUGCGCACCAGAGUGAUAGGAAAAAUCAGUGACACCUUCAACGCAGUUGCAAAGCAUCAAGCCGCGUGGAUUGAGCCUGAUAUCCAGAAAGAUCUCGGUCUUAUAUGUGAGGAUCUGCACAUCUCAAAAGCUGGAACUCAUCAGGAUAAGCUCUCACCAGUCUUCUUUAAUCCUCUCGGAACGCACAAUGUCCCCUCCCCUCAUCCUACUGAUGAUCAGGGGCAAAAGUUUGUCAAGGAGAUCUUCAACAAUUGGGAUAAACCCAGCCCGCGGCCACCAACGGUGACCGAUCAAGUUUAUAAGUUAGUGGACGGGAUACGAGACAUUUUCCGAACCAGCCGUCGCGAUGUUAUGUCAGAGACUGGAAGGUCAUUACAGCUGCGGACUUACGCAAACCGGAUCGAAUGUGGGAAUAUCACACCGGACCUCAUUGCUGAAGAAUUCGAUGGCCUGUUUUGGGUGUCGCGUGACUCGAUGAUGGAGUACGCUUAUAUAGCUAUAGAUCAAUUCAACAAGCCCCACAUCCUGCUUGCAACUUUUAUGAAGUCUGAAGCAAAUGAUACGCUUUCCAAAUACGAGACUAUGGUCAUGUUGACGGUCAUGUUGACCCGGUUGCAAAGUGAUAAUUGUCCCGACCACAGCAUUAUUCCUAUCAUGAUUAUCAGUGUCUUUCCUGGUCUUAAGCUCAGAAUCUUAGAGGCCCACUAUGAUUAUAGAGGUCUCGUCGUUCGAAAAUCUGAUUUCCUUAGCUUCGCGAACAAAGAUUCGGCGAUCUCGAGCAUGGAUAUUGUGAUGAGUUUUAUGUGUUCCGAAAUGACCGGGAACACGACUGACAUGAACAUCAUGAUAGAUCCAGUAGCUGAAGUCCCUCCAGCCCUGUCCGAUAACUCGAGUCAGGAGUCUAGAAUCCGAGAGAUGGAAUCAUGGAGUAGGGGAUCUUUGUGGCGAAAUGUCAGUCAUUCUAUCAAGACUUACAUUUCGAAGAUCAAAAAUGCUCUUAACACCUGA